AUGGCUGCGGCCCCACCCAAGCCGGCCGACGAGCCCAAGCUGCUCUGGAACCCCGAGAACGUUAAGGACGUCGCCGAGUCUGUGGGCAUCAGCGCGCUCAACGAAGAAGCCCUCAAGUGCCUCGCACAGGAUAUCGAGUACCGACUCGGUCAGGUCAUCAUCGAGAGCCUGCGCUUCAUGCGACACGCCGGCCGCACCACCCUCACCGUCCAGGACGUGUCGCAAGCCAUGAAGGUGCUCGAUGUUGAGCCUCUCUACGGUUACGAGUCGACGCGGCCUCUCAGAUAUGGUGAGGCGAGCUUGGGACCUGGCCAGCCCUUGUUUUACAUCGAGGACGAGGAGGUGGACUUCGAGAAACUCAUCAAUGCGCCUCUGCCCAAAGUGCCCAGAGACGCGACCUUCACAGCACACUGGCUCGCCAUCGAAGGCGUCCAGCCGACCAUCCCCCAGAACCCGACCACCGCCGAAGCCCGCUCCCAAGAACUCGUUCCAAAAGGCCCCGGCGCAAACCCUGCCCUCGCCGCACUCGCCGGGAACGACAACGUGUCGUUCAAACCGCACGUGAGACAUGUCAUAUCGAAGGAGCUUGUCAUGUAUUUCGAGAAGAUUCAGUCGGCGGUCCUCGACGACAACCCGGACGACGAGGUCCGCCAACUGCGCAACGCGGCUCUACAAUCGGUCAAGUCUGACCCAGGCCUGCACCAGCUGGUCCCGUAUUUCGUCAACUUCAUCGCGAACCAGGUCACUCAUCGGCUGGAUGACACCUUCACGCUGAGACAAAUGAUGGAACUCACGGCCGCCCUGAUCGCGAACGACAACCUCUACCUCGACCCUUACGCGUCGCCGCUGAGUGCGCCCGUCUUAACUUGCCUGAUGAGCAGGAAGCUGGGCGCGGAUGAGGGGAUGGACGCGGUCAAGGAGCAGUACGAGCUGCGCGAGCUGUCGGCCUCGAUAUUGGGCAGCAUUGCCAAGAGCUAUGGAAAGUCCAACACGAGGCUGCGGCCCAAGCUCACGAGGACGUGCCUCAAGUACCUGCUCGACCCCUCCAAACCAGCUGCGGUGCUGUACGGGGCGGUCAGCGGGCUGUCAGCGGCCGGAGGACCCGAGUCGGUACGGGUUUUGCUGCUACCUAACCUGAAGUCGUUCGACGAGAUGAUACUGCGGCCGAUGCGGGAGCGGGUGCCGGAGUUCGAGAUCAAAUUGCUCCUGGGCGCGAUCGUCAAUGCUAUCAAGACCAUCGAUAAGAACGAGAUCGGCAUGAUGAACGGGGUCCACAGCAGCACAACGGAACACACGGCGGCGGAGCUGACCGACUUUCUCGGCGAAACCAUCGGCCGUGAGGUUGCAAGCCUGAGUAGUGCCAGGCUGAACAGACAGGUUCUGGACGCCAAGGCGUACAGAGACGAGUAG